AUGAUGGAGUGUGAGCGUUGGCUUCAAGCUCGAAUCAACGACCUUCGCCGGCGGAGCGUACUUGAUCAGAGUACAAAUGUCAGGAAACUUCCGGAAAAGCUGCAAAAAAGCUUCACAGCAUUCAAUUCCAGUGAGUUGAACGUUCGUGGAGAAUCUUUAAUCUUGUCAGUUGUCAAAUAUGAGCCAGAUAAAGUCAAUCAGAUACGUUAUAUUAGUAUGCUAGUCCGUUCCGGAUGUGAUCCGUCAAUACCGGAUGCUCGACAUCUUCGAACACCCUUAAUGGUAGCUUGCAUUAGAAACAACGAAGCUGUAGCGUUGCACCUUAUAACGCUCAACUGUAACUUGGUCGCCUGUGAUCGUCUAGGCAAUAAUGCACUGAUGUACGCCACCAUGUAUUGUCAAGCGAUUGUGGUGAAACGCUUAAUGGUACAAUUGGCUGCUUUGUGGGCCUUUGAUGCCUACACCAUCAAAAACUGUUCCGGACUAACAGCAGAGUCUGUCGCCAGAAAAAAUGACCGGAUCCUUUUUGCUAAGUUGGUUUCUUAA